AGCGCUGUGUUGCAUGCGCGAAGUGGACGGCUGUUUGCUUUCUCUGGAAACACACACACAGACACACACACACUGGUUUGGCGUUGACUUCAGUUGCAAUGUGGCAGUCCGACAGAUGCAGGAACAUCUCGCCUUCAGCCUGAAGCAAUGCAUGAGGACUAGAGUGUUGCGUGACAUGUUCGAAGAACCGGGAUGGACAGGUGGCUCUGCUAGACGACGUUUCUCUCAUGUCUUGCUUGUUCAAGCAGAUACAUGAAGCGGCAAAAGGUUUUAAGCCAGAGCAACAACACUCUAAAGAACAAACAAAUGAGCUGUCUUUAACAUGAUGCCUCCAGCUACUUACACAUAGGGUUGAUAUAUGGACAAGAGGAGUACGAUACAAAAAGAGAGACACCGGAGCGGCGAUUCCGUCGCAGGCUAUGGGGGCCAUGGUGACCUAGAGUCAGUAUUCGUUUCUUGGCAGGACAACUUCAUUCCAGUUUAAUCCCUGCUUUAUCUCUUGAUCUUCUACCUCCUUACCGGAGUGAGGCGCCACCCUCUCUCUGUUUCUGCCACCCACUUGGCCAAGACAGCUAUGGCUGGAGUGAGGAAGUUGGCACGAGUAGUCAGGCACCAAGGUCUCCAUCGCCUGAUCCUUGCACUCAUCCUCUUCUGUCUACUCUCCAUGGCCUACUUGGCUUAUCAUGUCAGUGCUGGCCCCAAGAUCAAGGAGGCCCCUGUGCCGUUACCAUUGGGGGACUGUGUAGCUACAUCGGUUGUUGGUGGCGGACAAAGGACUCCACUGUUCCUGCCAUCGCAGGUCAGCCAGCGGCGACACUCGGUGAGGAUAGCAGACACCUCUCGGACGGAGCCUGUGGUGUUACUCUUUGUGGAAAGCAUCUACUCCCAACUCGGACAAGAGAUCGUUGCCAUUUUAGAGUCGAGCCGCUUUCAUUACCGCACUGAAAUUGCACCGGGGAAGGGUGACAUGCCUCCUUUGGCUUGGCGAGGCCGUGGGCGAUACACGCUCAUCGUUUAUGAGAAUCUGCUUAAAUACGUCAACUUGGAUUCGUGGAACCGCCAGUUACUGGAUAAAUACUGCCAAGACUAUGGAGUGGGAAUCAUUGGCUUCUAUCGAGCAAAUGAAAACUCCCCAUCCAGCGCUCAGCUUAGAGGCUUCCCUCUCUUCUUGCGUUCAAACCUGCCACUUUGGGAUUACAGAGUCAACCCUGCUGCACCCCUGCUCUACAUCACCAAACCUAAUGAGCUGGAGCCUGGCCCUCUUCCUGCAGACAACUGGACCACCUUCCUGUCCAACCACAGCACCUAUGAGCCUGUACUGUUAGCUAGCCCUAGACCAGCAGAACCCAAUCAGCUCCCAACACAUUCACACCAACAGAGAGCACUGCUGGCUACGGUUAUGCAGGACUUAGGCCUUCACGAUGGGAUCCAACGGGUGUUCUUUGGAGGUAGCUUGUCUUUUUGGCUGCACAAGCUGCUUUUUGUGGAUGCUGUGGGUUAUUUGACUGGCAGAAGGCUCAGCCUCUCGUUGGACAGAUUUUUGCUUGUGGAUGUGGAUGACAUCUUUGUUGGAAAGGAGGGGACACGCAUGAAAGUGGCAGAUGUCGAGGCGCUGCUUCACACGCAAAAUAAACUCCGUUCUCUGGUACCUAAUUUCACCUUUAAUCUGGGAUUCUCUGGAAAGUUUUUUCAUACAGGUACAGAUGAGGAAGAUGAGGGUGACGACACGCUGCUUCGACACCGGCAGGAGUUCUGGUGGUUCCCGCACAUGUGGAGUCACAUGCAGCCUCAUCUCUUUCACAACGUCAGCGUACUCGCAGAACAGAUGAGACUUAAUAGACAGUUUGCACAGGAGCAUGGGAUCCCCACGGACAUGGGUUACGCUGUAGCCCCCCAUCACUCAGGUGUGUACCCUGUGCACAGUCAGCUCUAUGAGGCCUGGAAGAGUGUAUGGGGCAUCAAGGUGACCAGCACAGAAGAGUAUCCUCAUCUCAGGCCUGCCCGCUACCGCAGGGGCUUCAUACACAACAGCAUACAGGUUCUCCCCCGGCAGACGUGUGGGCUUUUCACACACACCAUCUUCUACAAAGAUUAUCCAGGAGGCCCUCAGGAGCUUGACAAGAGCAUUCGUGGAGGAGAGCUGUUUCUUACAGUGUUGCUCAAUCCGGUUAGUAUAUUCAUGACUCACCUGUCAAACUAUGGCAACGACCGGCUGGGCCUGUACACCUUUGAGUCACUGGUGCGGUUUGUGCAGUGCUGGACUCACCUGCGCCUGCAGACGCUGCCUCCCGUCCGCCUCGCUCAAAAAUACUUCCAAAUUUUCCCUGAUGAGAGAGACCCCUUGUGGCAGAACCCAUGUCAUGACAAGAGACACAAAGACAUCUGGUCCAAAGAGAAGACAUGUGACAGACUGCCCAAGUUUCUUGUGAUUGGCCCUCAGAAGACCGGAACUACUGCGCUGCACUCAUUUCUUGCCCUUCAUCCUGCCAUUACCAGCAGCUUCCCCAGCCCCGUCACCUUUGAGGAGGUGCAGUUCUUCAGCGGACCAAACUAUCAGCGUGGCAUUGACUGGUACAUGGAUUUUUUCCCUGUACCCUCAAACGUGAGCACAGACUUCCUGUUUGAGAAGAGCGCAAACUACUUUGACACUGAAGUUGCCCCAAAGAGAGCAGCCGCCUUGUUACCAAGAGCAAAAAUCAUCUCUAUACUCAUCAACCCUGCUGACCGCGCAUAUUCCUGGUACCAGCAUCAGAGGGCUCAUCAGGACCCUGUGGCGCUAAACUACACGUUUCACGAGGUGAUCUCUGCAGGGCCGUCGUCCCCCGCAGCUCUGCUGUCUUUGCACCGCCGCUGCCUGCAGCCUGGAGCCUACAGCAGCCAUCUGGAGCGCUGGUUACACCACUACCAACCAAGUCAGCUGCUGAUUGUGGAUGGUGUGCAGCUGCGCUCCAGUCCUGCUCAGGUGAUGGAUGGGAUUCAGAAGUUCCUUGGAGUCACUCCGUACUACAACUACACACAGGCACUGACGUUUGAUGAGAGUAAAGGUUUCUGGUGUCAGAAACUGGAAGCAGGACGUACUCGCUGUCUGGGAAAGAGCAAAGGAAGGAAGUAUCCAGAAAUGAGCCUGGAGUCGAGGGUGUUUCUGUCGGAGUAUUACCGUGAGCAGAACGUGGAGUUACUCAGGAUGUUGAAACGUCUCGGUCAGCCUCUGCCCAUUUGGCUCAGAGAUGAACUGCACAACGCCAGUUGGAGCUGAUAAGAACCUGCAUAAGAAGAACCACGGCAGAACCCUGCUCCACACAGGAGAACUCGGGGCCCGUGUGCGGCAGGAGCCCAGAGAGGACUGACCCCUCUCGCCCUCCAUACUCCGCACAGGAUCUGAUGGAAUAGACGGGCCGAUCACUCUGUCAGUCUGAAUGAAGCCCUCAGAGUCAGAAGAGAAGCUCUAAACCUCGUUAUGGGAACUUGUAGUGGACGUUCACGGAGUCAUGGAUAUGGAAAUGGGAUCGACCCGAUUGGACGGCUUCAGAAAGACUUCUAGAGAGGUUGAAUAUCAGUUGUGAACUGGCUGUUUUGAAAUGCAAAUCUAGUCUUCUAGGAAGAGAGGGAAUCGUGCAAAACCUCUAGGAGCAUUUUGUGGAAAUACCCAUGAAAGGAAGGGACUAUGAGAGGAUUAUUUAAAUUUUAUUCUCAAAGUCUUUAACUCUGCUAAGCAGAGAAGUAUUUAAAUAUGUCUCAUACAUUUAUGCCAUCUUGCUGCCUUUCUCAAAACAGUUGCUGUUGAAGUGAUUUCUGUUUGAAACAUUGUGUAGCCCUAGAAGCAAUGAAGAGUCAAGGUUCAUACAUGUGGCUACUUUUAGCAGAUUUUUUUUAGUAUUGAAUGAACUGGGCAAUUGUUUCUUUAUUAAAAUUCUCAUUUUGACUGGCUGCAGUAUUGUUGAAAAGCUUGGGGUUGGUAAGAUUUUUUAAUGUUUGUGAAUGAUCGCCAAGGCUGCUUUUAUUUAAUCUAAAAAAAAAGUAAUGUGAAAUAUUAUUAUUAUUAUUUUAAAAAACUCAGUAAAUCAAUUUUUGUAUAUUUUGUUAUUCCUGUAAUAGCAGGAAUACUUACGUCUUCAGUGUCACAUGAUCAAAUAUGUUGAUUUGUUGUUUGAGAAUUUUUUUUUUAAUGCAUUAAACAUUGAUGUAUUUUUCUGGGUUCUUUAAUAAUUAGAAAGUCCAAAUGAACAGCGUUUAUUUGAAAUCGAAAUCUGUGAUAAAUUUGCUUGCUGAAUCAAAGUACUCAUUUCUUAAAACUAAAAUCUUACUAAUCCCAGACUUUCGAACACUAGUGUAUGUGAUCUGCAAAUAAAAGCACUGUUCCAAAACUUAGCAAGCAUUUCAAGAUAUCAUAGCUAUUUAGGCAGGAAAUAUAAUUGUUCUGUAUUUUUUCCCCACACAUCAUGUACUCACAUAGAGAAAAAUACAUCGUAGAGCAAAGAGUAAAAUAAUGCACCGACACAAGACAGAGCAGGGUCAUUUAGAUAUGAAGCGGACUUAGCUUUCAAAUUUUGUCAUUUUCAUUGAAAUUCAAACAAUAAAUACAGUUUUGUUGAUAUCAUUACAGAUCACUGUAGUUCUGUAGAUAGAUAAUCAACUGAUUAUCUGUUUCUCUUUACUAGUUAUGAAAUUAACAUGAAUGAACAUUCAUGAACAAAGUAUCUUGUUUCAGUCGUCAGUUAACAUUUUUUCAAGGUUAAGUCCACUCUCCUGUCUGCUUUGUCUGUCAAACAAAAAUGGCAGAUUCGGCGUUAUGAUUGGUCAGAUCACCUGUCAAUCAUUUAAAUCAUCCAGUGUCCCACGAUAAUACUUUUGUAGGUAGUAGACCAGAAGGAAGCGAACUAUGUUCUGGAACAGUCCAAUCAGUGCAGAAUCAAUGCAAAACUGUUUUUAUAUGUGCCAAACUAAACGUUGAUACAUUGCUGCCACACACAUAUUUUUUCCACUCAAUUAUGUCGUAAUAACAAGAUAUGUCUUUAAAACAACAUAUUUUCUUGUAAUAACGAGGUUAUGUCGUUAAAAACAACCUUUUUAAAGUUAAAACAUCUUUUCUCGUAAUAAUGAUGUUGUUAAAACUACCUUUUUUUUGGUAAAACAUUUUCUCGUAAUAACAAUGUCAUUAAAAUGACUCGCUAAAAACAUAUUUUUCUCGUUAAAACGACACCUUUUCUCAUAAUGAGACGUUAUUACGUCAUUAAAACAUUAAAACAACCUUUUUCGGGUUAAAAUGACAUUUUCUCGUAAUAACGAGAUGUGUUGUUAAAACGUUAAACUUUUAAAAAAUUCUCGUUAAAACAAUUUUAUUAUGGUUUAUAUUAUGUGAGUGAGCUAAGCGAUUGUCAGCGCUGCUGUCGCCACAGCACAUCUUGUUAUUACGAGAAAAAAAAUAUUUUUACAAGAAAAGAUGUUGUUUUAAAGACAACGCAUUAUUAUGAGAAAAUAUGUAAUUUUAACGAGAAAAGGAUUUCGUUUUAAUGACAUAAAAUUUUAUUACAUGAGAAAAUGUCGAUUUAACAUCAUCUCGUUAUUCUGAGAAAAGAUGUAAAUUUAACAUUGCGUUAUUACAAGAAAAAAAUGUCGUUUUACAGAGAAAAGUAUGACAUUUGAAUUGUUAUUGCGAGUGAAGAUGUCAUUUUAACGAGAAAAGGAUGUAGCGUUUUACGGCAUAACAUUUUGUUAUUAUUAGAAAAAAGAUGCCGUUUUAACAAGAAAAGAUGUUUUACUGACAUUAUUAUGAGAAAAGAUGUUUUAACAUAUCUCAUUACAAGAAAAGAUGUUUUAACAACAAAUCACAUUACGAGAAAAGAUGUUUUAUCAACAAAUCACAUUACGAGAAAAGAUGUUUUAUCAACAAAUCACAUUACGAGAAAAGAUGUUUUAAUGACAUCACAUUAUUACGAGAAAAGAUGUUGUUUUAAUGACGUAACAUUUUGUUAUGAUGAGAAAAGAUGACGUUUUAACAAGAAAAGAUGUUUUAACAACAAAUCACACUGAGAAAAGAUGUUUUAAUGACAUCACAUUAUUACAAGAUGUCAAUUUAACAAGAAUGUUGUUUUAAUGACAACAUCUUAUGUGAAAAGAUGUUUUAAUAGCAUAUCGCAUCAUUACAAAAAAAGAUGUUGUACUGAGAUAAUUGUUGUAAUGAGAAAAGGAUGACAACAAAGGAGAAAAGGAACAACAUUUCGUUAUUACGAGAAAAGAUGUCGUUUUAACAACAAAUCACAUUACGAGAAAAGAUGUUUUAAUGACAACAUCACAUUAUUACAAGAUGUAAAUUUAACGAGACAAGAAUGUUGUUUUAACAACAUAUCGCAUUAUUACGAAAAAAGAUGUUUUACUGAGAUAAUUCUCGUUUUAACAAGAAAAGAUGUAGUUUUAAUGAGAAAAGGAUGUUUUAACAACAUAACAUUUUGUUAUUACAAGAAAAGAUGUUUUAAUGUCACAACAUUGCAUUGUUAUGAGAAAAGAUGUUGUUUUAACAACAUAUCACGUUAUGAGAAAAGGUGUCAUUUAAAUGACAUAACUUAUGUCAUAAUUGAGUGGAAAAUACUAUAUGUGUGGCAGCAAUGCGUCACCGUAAAAUCUGGAAAACCUUCUUUUUUUGGGGGGGCAAAAUGAGAAUUACCUAUGCUGUAUUGCCAACGAGUGAAUGUGCAUUGUGUAUGUGUAGCAACAGUUGGAUACAUAAAAAUGAAUCAACAAUAUGUUGUGAUCCCAAGUCAUGUCUGGUGUUCAAUUUAAGUGCACACAUUGGGAAAUAAAGGCACAGAAUGGAGACGGGCA